AUGAGCAGCAUAUAUGAUUCAGAAGACAAGGAAAAUGUUGUUAGAACUGGACUUGGGGGAAGUAAACCAAUACAGACCAACUUGUCACCUCAACGACUAGAUAAACGAACAAAACAGAGUAAGCAAGUACCUUACCACCACACAGCAAAGAUGAGAAGAUUCACCCUGACAAUGAACAAGUCAUCCGGACUCACUAUAUCCGAAGUACAUCACUUACGUCAACAAAUUAAUGAAAAGGAGCGAGAGAUAGAUCUGUUGAAUACCAGCUUUAUAUCUUUGAGGACUCAAGUAGAGUCACAAACGUUGAACAACUUUACAGUUGAAAGUAAGUACUUACAACUAGAAAGACAAUUGAAAGAGUUGAAACUGAAUGUUGAAAAACUAAACAACUUUGAAGAGUCGUCCAUGAGAGAAUUGCAACACAAGUUUGAAAUUCUGAGCCAAGAGAUGAUGGUGAAGCAUAAAGAGAGAUUGAAUCUGAGAAAAGAAGAAAUCGCUACAGAGAUAGAUAAGAUUCUUCAAGAGAAGCAGAGUAAAUAUUUGAAUGCGAUUGAAAAAUUGAAUGCUAAUUUGAAAAGUUUUCAAGAGAAGAAAGAGAGUUUAGGUAACGAGUUUCAACAAAGGUUGGAAUUGGCUAGACAAGAAUUUAAGGACAGAGAGAAAGCCCUUCAGGAAAAUUUGCAACAAGUUCAGUCAAGUAAUGAGGAAACUUCUGCCUCUAUCAAGCACAGUAUUGAUAGCCUCAGAUCAAAAAUCAAUGACCUUACCGACAAGAGCAUCCCCCUGAAGCAAAAAGAGUAUGCCAAGUACGAAUCUAUUGCCCAACAAUUAAAGUCCAAGAACUCUGACAAGCAAGCGGAAAUUGACUCGGCAAGGUCUGAAAUACAAAGUAAGUCUGACCUAAUUUCAGAGCUAGAUGGAAAAGCGAAAUUACGAAACGACGAAUUAUCAAGAAUGAAGUUUGAGAUCAAAAGGAUGAAGAUGGAAUUGGUGGAUCAAGAAACCAAAAGACGAAAACUACACGCACAAUUGCAAGAUCUAAAGGGAAACAUUCGCGUAUUCUGCCGUAUCAGGGCGGUAGCUGCAGAAUCAAAACUCAUAAAAUUCGACUUGCCUGAUGAAGACUUGAACGAGGAUGCAAAGCAAGAACUAUCUAUAGUCAAGGAGAAUGUCGGAAUAUUUAACUCCGCAAACUCGUACAAAUUCCAAUUUGACAAGAUAUUUUCCAUGAACCACGAAAACGAGUGCAUAUUUGAGGAGUAUUCGCAAUUGAUACAGAGUUGCAUAGACGGGUCCAAUGUCUGUGUGUUUGCUUAUGGACAAACAGGAUCCGGUAAAACAUUCACCAUGUCACAUCCGGUGAAUGGGAUGAUUCCCUUGUCAAUCAAAAAAGUGUUUGAUGAUAUUAAAGAACUAGAUACACAAGAGCAGCAAUGGGAGUACGAAAUUAAUGGGAAAUUUAUCGAAAUAUACAAUGAAAACAUUAUAGACCUUUUGAAUCCACAACUGAGUGAAAAACACGAGAUUAAGCAUGAUGACGUCAACUGUAAAACCACAAUCACAAAUAUCACAACAGUUCCAAUUACAUCUCCGUCACAAGCAAACUCAAUUCUUGAGCAAGUCAAUAAAAGAAGAAGCACAGCUGCUACAAAGUCAAAUGACAAGUCCUCACGCUCACAUUCGAUAUUCAUCAUUGAUAUCAAGGGCUCGAACAAGGCCACGGGAGUGAAGACAUUUGGCACUUUGAACCUAAUAGAUUUGGCCGGUUCCGAACGUAUAAGUGUAUCGCAAGUUGAAGGGGACCGUUUAAAGGAAACGCAAGCUAUAAAUAAAUCGCUUUCAGCAGUGGGCGAUGUGAUAUCCUCUUUAAACUUGAACCAAGGAUCGCACAUUCCCUACAGGAAUUCCAAAUUGACAUACUUGCUCAAGCAUAGUCUUGGAGGAAAUUCCAAAACUCUCAUGUUUGUCAAUAUAUCCCCAUUGAGUGCAAAUUUCAAUGAGACAAUAAACUCGCUCCGAUUUGCUACAAAGGUAAAUAGUACCAAGCUAGGUUGA